GGAAUGCAGAGCAGGGGAGGGGGCUUUGGGGUGGAAGAAAAAUUCCCUAUUUAGAGGGAUCAUUUCUCUUGAUACCUUGGCUUUCUCCUUCUCCUCCUUCUUCCCCUUUCAUUAUUAUUAUAAUUAUUCCUGGGCGAAGGUUUGAAUUUGGUUUUAGAGGCCCUACCUGAUUGGAUUUACGUGGAUGGGCAGGAGAGUGAGAAUUAUCAGGAGCUGCUGCUUUGGGAAGAAGCAAGUAUAACAUGAAGAAACAAAUAUUUAAAAAUCAGCAGGAAUUAAAAGAGGAGUGGAAUACAUUUUGUGCUCCACAGAAAGGAGAACACCAUAUAAAUGAGAAGAUCGAAGGAGGAGCUUCAGUUGCAGUCCUGCCCUAAGGAUAGUAAGAGUUUCCACACUGGAAGAAUGCUUAUAAAUGCAUGAAUGGUGCAAAGAGUUUCAGUUGUAGUGAAAACCAUACUUCACAUCAAACUGUAGAGUAAGGGAAGAAAGAGGAAUCUUUACUUCCUUUUUGAAAUCUUUGAACUCCUAGGAUACCCACCUUCUUUUCGUUUUUCCCAUAGCAGCUGAUUUCUGACAUUCUUCUGAAGUGACAUUGCGGAAAAACAGGUCGGAAGAGAGAUGGCUGGGAAAAAAAGGGGUCGAAAGAGGAACGAGGGAAACCAGGGGAAGAAAACCUCUACUUCUCAGAGCACCGAUGUCCGCAAACUCCCUUUUCCACAAGGCCACAAAGGAAGAAGGGAAAAGUGCCCAGACUGUGGGAAGACAUUCAGAUCUAAAUCACAUUUAAAUAGACACUGCAAAAUCCACACAAGGGGGGAGAUAUAUAAAUGUGAGGAGUGUGGAAAGAGCUUCAGUGAAAGGGGAGACCUUACUUCACAUCGGAGAACUCACAGACGUGAGAAGCGAUAUGAAUGUGUGGAGUGUGAAAAGAGCUUCAAUUGUAUCAAAACCCUCACUGUACAUCAAAGAACUCACACAGGGGAGAAGCCAUAUCAAUGUUUGGAGUGUGGAAAGAGCUUCAGUCAAACAGGAGCCCUUACCAGCCAUCAAAGAACCCACACAGGGGAGAAGCCAUAUGAUUGUAUGGAGUGCGGGAAGAGCUUCAGAGAUACUGGAAAACUUGCUGUGCACCUAAGAACCCACACAGGGCUGAAGCCAUAUGAAUGUAUGGAGUGUGGAAAAUGCUUCUGUCAGAAAGGAGGCCUUACUGUCCAUCAAAGAACACACACAGGGGAGAAACCAUAUGAAUGCCUGGUGUGUGGAAAGUGCUUCUGUCAGAAAGGAGGCCUUACUGUCCAUCAAAGAACACACACAGGGGAGAAACCAUAUGAAUGCAUGGAGUGUGGGAAGAGCUUCAGUCAACAGGGACACUUUAUUUCACAUCAAAGAACACACAAGGGGGAGAAACCAUAUAAAUGUAAGGAAUGUGGAAAGAGCUUCUCUCAUACUUUAGGACUUAACAGACAUCAAAUAAUCCAUACAGCAGCAAAUCCCUGUGAAUGUGUGGAGUGUGGAAAGAAGUUCAGAAACAGUAGCUAUCUAACUAGACAUUUAAGAACACACACAGGGCUAAAACCAUAUAAAUGUUUGGAAUGUGGAAAGAAUUUCGGCCAUAGUGGAAGCCUUGUUCUCCAUCAAAGAAUCCAUACAGGGGAGAAACCAUAUAAAUGUAUGGAGUGUGGGAAGAACUUCCGUUGUAGUGGAAGCCUUACUUCCCAUCAGAGAAGUCAUACAGGGGAGAAGCCGUAUGUGUGUGUGGUAUGCAGAAAGAGGUUCAAGUGUAGUGGCCAUCUUUUUCAGCAUAAAAUAGUUCACGCAGGUUUGAAGCCAUAUGAAUGCGAUAAGUGUGGGAAAUGCUUCACUCAGAGAGGAAGCCUUAAUGUACAUCAAAGAAGCCACACAGGGGAGAAACCUUAUGAAUGCACACAGUGUGGAAAGAGCUUCAGUGAGAGAAAAUAUCUUACUGUACAUCUAAGAAUCCACACAGGGGAGAAACCAUAUAAAUGUGUUGAGUGUGGAAGGAGCUUUAGAGUUAGCGGCUCACUUUCUCUGCAUCGAAGAACCCACACAGGGGAGAAGCCAUUUAAAUGUGAGGAGUGUGGAAAGAGCUUCACUAUGAAAGGAAACCUAACUACGCAUGAAAGAAUCCAUGCAGGCGUGAAACCAUUUCAAUGUGUGGAAUGUGGAAGGUGCUUCGGUUGUAGCGGAAGCCUUACUAAGCAUCAAAGAACUCACACAGGGGAGAAGCCAUAUCAGUGUAUGGAGUGUGGAAAGCGCUUCAUUCAAUCAGGAGCCCUUACCACCCAUCAAAGCAUCCACACAGGGGAGAAGCCGUAUGAAUGCAAGGAGUGUGGAAAGAGCUUUUGUUUUAAAUCAAACCUUACUCAACAUCAAAGAAACCACGAAGGGAAGAAACUAUUUACAUGAGAGUGUGAUUAAAUCCCUUUCUUAUUAAGGCCUCUUUUUUUUUAAAAAAAAGUAUUUUUAUUAAAGCUUUAAAAAAGAGAUACAAAGAUUAGUAUCCAAUUAUCUUUUUAAAAUACAAAAAGGCAAAAGAAAUAGGAAAAGGGAGGGAUUCUAAUUCCUUGCUUGUCAGCUAUAUCUAAACAAUUAUUCAAAACUUUCACUCCAAGGUAAACACCUGGUAUAUUUUCCAUAAACGCGUAUACUGUACUGUUCAAUCUCCAAACCUAGAUAUCACAAGUUCAUCCACCCCCCCACAAAAAGCCCAUAAGGGGUUUCCAAUAAUUAUUAAUUAACAAUGAUUUUUCUGUGAUUAAGUACGUCAGCUUCGCCAUCUCAGCCAAGUCCAGUAAUUUCCACAACACUUCCUCCAUAGCAAGUAAUGUUAAAUAUUUCCAUCUUUCUGUAUAAUAAAAGUCUUGCCGCCAUAUUCAUGUAUUCAAAUAAUCGUCCACAAUCAUUUUCUAAUUGCAUAUCCGUUAGUCCUGAAAGGAAAAGAUCUUGCUUCAAUUGAACAUUAGCUUUUUAAAUCUUCUGCAUCAAUUUACUGUAUAUAUUUGUAUUUCUUAGCUUUUGUACAUUUUGUUAGGGGGGGAACCAAGAGACUAAGUCUUACAGCAACGCUUUGAUACUAGGCUGAAAAUGGUCAAUACAGAUGUAAUUGUGCUGAAAGAGAUUCCCCUGAAGAUAUUGACUAAUUAUUUUUACAGGUAAACUGAAGCAGAAAGGAAUCUAGCUUAGAUGGGACAUACCAGAGGGAGUAAUUUUUACUUUUGAAGAACAAAUAUUUACAGACAAAUUUACUGUAAAUCUGAAAUUGAAUAAACACAAAUACAAAAGAGACAAUACAAGAUGGGGUCAGAAAAUCACAGCAAUCACAACAGAAAGUGGAGGUUGAAGAUACAAAGUUGGGUGAUAAAGAAACACGGGAAAAGGUAUAAACUAUUUGAAUAAAAAAGAACCUAGGUGAGGACUAACAGGACUGAAGAAAAGAGAGUGAGCUGUUUUAUAUAUAUAUUCUCAACUCUGUUGAAACUUUCUGGUGAACAAGGUAAGUAUGUUGGACAAACUUUGGUUGUAGACCUCCAUGCCCCAAAUGAAGAAAAAACAGCAUUUUAUUAAUGUGUUGCUUUACUUUGGUUUACUUUGGCUACUGGGGUUGAUAAGGUUGAAAUAUUACCUUAGAUUUUUUUCAGAUCACAAUCCAGUUAUACUGACUUUUAAAAAGAAAAAAUGGUUUCUUUAGAUGGUGACUCAAUGAAAUGUAGCUGCAACAGGAAAAGGUUGUAUAGGACUGCAAACAGAAGCUAAAAUAAUUAUUUGAGAAUAAUUCAGGUAUAAGGAUACAAAUGGUUGGGGAUGCAAGCAAACUUUUUGUACAGCACAAUUUUUUACUCGAAAGAUGAGAAAAUUAUAAAGAUUUAAAAUGGAACUUUCAAGCUGCAUACCUUUGCUGAUGCUCAUUAUGCAGUGACAGACUGGCUUCAAUUAAAAUUAAAUGUUUAAUUUAGAUAGGCAAAAUGGUUUUAUGAACCAGAGUUCACAAUUUGAAAGGGAUCUGAUAGAAAAGGCGGAUAAAAAGACAGUAUAGACCAAAGAACGGCAGACAAUAAGCAUGUUGUUGCAAAACUGUAUAAGCAUUUGUUGAAAUCUGAAACUCAAGAAGAAGUUAAAUAAGGCAUGCAUGAUUAAAUGGGCAAAAGAUUGUUAUAAUAUACAGGUGGAACAGGGGCAACAUGUGGACCAAAGGAUCAAAAUUCACACUGUAUUCUGAUCUUAAAAGAGAAAUUUUAUAAAAUGAGGUUUUGGAAGUUAGAAAGGAGUUCCAAAUGUUUGUUGGAAGUUUGAAAAAUAUGAAGUGACAUUUUACUAUGCUUGGUGGACAUGCAAAAAAGCUUAAUAAGACUACUUUGAGCCAAUUUGGUGACCCUGCAGGGCUGUUGUGUUCAAGUCAGCAACAAAGGGGGUUGGAGAGCCAGGCUGUCCUAGGCUCCCCUCCUUCAUGACAGAAGCGAACGCAAACAGAGAGUAGCCAGACAUUGUUAUACUGCAGGGGACCCAGCAGUGGAAAUCUUUUCGAGACAAAAUUAUUGGGAGGAGAGUGGCUGGGGGCACAAGUUUGCAUAGGGGGCUCAAAACCUUGUGGAGUUGCCAUGCUUGUAAUUAAUAAAUGUCCACUUGUUAUUAAUAAAAUUUUGAUAGAUCCUAAAGGGACGUAUUCAGUGCUUUUUAUCUGGGG